AUGUCACUUAAAUAUGAUUUUUCGGGUAAAGUAGUACUGAUAACCGGUUCGAGUUCGGGUAUCGGUGCGGCCAUUGCCGUCCAGUUUGCCCAAUCGGGUGCCAAUGUUGUAGUUACCGGUCGGCGAGCCUCACUAGUUGCCGAAGUGGCCAAACAGUGUACGAAUGUUUCACCUAAACAAUUGCCGGCAUUGGAAGUGGUCGGAGAUAUAUCACAAAAACCUGAUUGCAAACGUCUGGUUGAGACAACUGUCCAACAUUUUGGUCGUUUGGACGUAUUGGUCAACAAUGCCGCUAUCGGUACUCCCGGAGCGCUCAGUGAUCGGGAAUUUUAUCAGAAAUUUGAAUCAGUUAUGAAAAUAAAUUUGAAUUCAAUGGUAUACUUAACACAUCUAUCGGUCGAUUAUUUAUCGGAAACUCAGGGAAACAUUGUUAACAUUUCCAGCGGUGCCGGUAUUAAAGCCGUUACAGGUAUGUCAGCCUAUUGUAUGUCUAAGUCAGCUAUGGGUAUGUUUACCUAUUGUUGUGCCGCUGAGUUGGGACCCAAACAUAUUAGGGUUAAUGUUAUCAGUCCGGGAACCAUAAAAACAUCAGCAUUUACUACACUGGGUAUGACUGUUGAACAAAAUGAUGCCAUGUUUGACAAUAUGGGUAGCCAUUUACCAGUUGGUCGACCCGGACAACCCGAGGAAGUGGCCGAUACUGUACUAUAUUUGGCCAGUGACCAUGCCCGAUUUGUUACCGGUGCCCAGAUUAAUGUCGAUGGCGGUGGACUAGCCCUAUCUUAUGAUUAA